CCCAAGAUUCUUCAACCGUCCCCACCUCUCUUUUUCUUUCAUUAACAACACCCUUUUAACUCUAUUUAAUCCACUCUCAAUGCUCAUUUCUUUUCAUCAAAACCUUAGUAGCCUUCUACAUCACUCUCAACUUUGCUCCUCUUCAUUCACUUGCAUAUUCUUUGCUAUUCCAAUGGCCACUGUUGAGGUUGUAUCAGCUAACGUUGCCCUCCCAGAGGACAAGAUAGAGGCACCAUUGAAGGGUGACGAGGUAAAGAAAGAAGAAAUAGUUGCAACACCAACACAAGCACCAGAGCCUGUCACCGAGGAAACCAACGAGGAAACUACCGAAGUCCCAGAAGAAAAGCCCUCGGUUGAAGUUGAGACAAAAGAAGUGGCAGAAGAAGAGGUUGUGUCGGAGACGGUGACAGAAGAGCCAAGAGUUGAGAAGACGGAGGAGGAAACUCCAAAGGAAGAAGCUGAGACAGAAGAAGCAAAAGAAAAUGCUGACCCUGAUGAGGUGAAAACAGCAGAAGCGACAGAGAGCAAGGAAGAAGAUGAUGGUGUGGCGAAGGAAGAAGAGAAAAGUGAGGAGGAGAGGGUUGAGACAGAAGGGUCGGAUGAAAAGAAAGAGGAGGAAGCGAUCGCAGAAGGUGAGAAGAGUGAGGAGGUGGCAGUGACAGAGGCUCCGACAGAGAAGACUGAGUAAUGAAAAUGUGUCAUGUGUUGUUGUUGUUGCAUGUGUUCUGUUUUGUUUGCUUAGUGGUCUAAUAAAAGGUGUAGCUACAUAGGAUCAUGAAGUCUGUUAUGUUCUUUCUGUCACUCUGCAUGCAGGAUAACUUUGUUUCAUCAAAUAAAUACUUAGAUUAUUGCUAUCUUAUAUUA